AACGUUUGCAUGGUCAAUAUAUAUGCCAUCCAAUAUAAUUUAAAUAUCUAAGAAAAACAAAAGUUCGACGGUGAUUCACCAACCAUUAUCCUCAACAGUAAGAACCAAACCUCAAGAAAAGAAGAGACUAACAACCAGAAAAGCAAGAAUGCAGAGUUAUCCUAACUUCUCCAUCAUAACCCAAUUGCGCAUCAAAAUAACUAAUUUGACACAUUUCCUUUAUAACAAUGCUUCUUCUCCCAUAUCUCAAUUUCCUCACAAUUCAAUAUGUACUUCCUCUUCUUUCUCUUCCUUGUCUUCUUUCUCUUCUCCUCUCCAUGCCUUUCUACUAGAACAGCACCAUUCCCUUCUUCCAAACCAAUUAAUCCAACAAGUUAUCAUAAAAUUAGAGGUUAUACAUGGCAUGAAUUUCAGAAGUUUGUGGAUGCUGGUAGAGGCAACAAAAUAAAUGGGAUUUCCGAGCUCAAGAAGUAUUUCCAUCGAUUCGGGUAUCUGAAGAUUGAUAGCUUGAAUUUUACAGAUUUAUUUGAUGAGCACUUGGAGCAUGCAUUGAUUAAAUAUCAAGAAAAUUUAGGCCUUUUAGUCAAUGGAAAACUUGAUGAAUAUACAGUUUCUCAGAUAAUUUCACCUAGGUGUGGCGUAUCUGAUUCUGCCCCUAAAUUAUUCAUGCAUGCGACUAGAAACUACGCAUUUUUCACAGGCAAGCCAAGAUGGUCUAGAAGUAUACCAAUAACUUUAACGUACGCAUUCUCUCCGGAUUAUGUAAUAAAUUCACUGAGCAUGUCGGAGAUAAAGGAUGCUUUUCAACGUGCGUUCAACCAUUGGGCAUCGGUAAUACCGGUUUCAUUCUGGGAAAGCAACGAUUACGGAUUUGCAGACAUUAAAAUAGGAUUUUACAAAGGUGAUCAUGGAGAUGGAGAGCCAUUUGAUGGGCUUCUUGGGGUUUUAGCUCAUGCAUUUUCACCAGAAAUCGGGAGGUUCCACCUUGAUGCGGCGGAGACAUGGGCAGUGGACUUUGAAAGAGAGAAAUCAGAUGUGGCUAUUGAUUUGGAAUCAGUAGCUACACAUGAGAUUGGACAUUUGUUAGGGCUGGCACAUACUUCAGUUCAAGAAGCAGUGAUGUACCCUAGCUUAAAACCAAGAGAAAAGAAAGUGGAUUUGAAAAUAGAUGAUAUUAAGGGAAUACAAGCUCUUUAUGGUUCAAACCCUAAUUUUAGUUAUCAAGAUCUUUUAGAAUCUGAUACUUCUACAAACAGUGGAGUUAGUUUGCGGAAGGCACAAUUAACAUGGUAUAGUUUUAUUUUGGUUUUAAUCUUGCGGAUGUCUAUGUAAAGCAAAAACAACGUAAUUCCGGUGCAAAAUCUUUUUGGUCAUGGUCAUGUAAAGGAAUUGACUCUUGACCCUCGUCUUUUUCCAGUUUCGAGUCCAUAAUAUGGACUCAGUCUUUAUUAACAAAAUUUGCAGUGGAGAAAACAUAGUAUCCAGAGAGUACCAUAGGUUAUAUAUAUCAGCAAUUAUUGGUCUCCUGUAAAUGUUAAUAUAUACAAUAUUUAAUGAAAACAAAUGUUUUAUAUUUGA